UUGACACGUCCGGGUUUCACUACGCUUGUUUCCGCGGAUGAAUCCGGUGAAGCACGCCGGCGGGAAUUUUACGUACCUGACGGCGGAGGAACAAGAUGACGGUCCUGUUUAAUUUCUGACGAUUUGACGAUAAACCACCGCGUCCCACUGGUGGCACGCCGGGCGCAAAGAGGCCAAUGGCCGCCGAGGAUGGUCCCCAUGCAUGCCCCACACGACUCGUCGGUUGGGGCUGUUUUAAAGAUGAGUGAAUCGUAAACACAUAUAAAUGACAAAUGUCGUUUUUUGAGUGCAAUGUCGUUGCAGGUGGCUGUGGGGUCCCCCCGGCCCCCAGAAAUGGUGACCCAUGACUCCAGUCUGCCCUAACUCCUAAUCCAGUCUUUAUCAUCCAGAGGAUUUGCAAGGAGGCGGCGAUGGGAGACAGCUACGUGUACCGGCGACUUCCCUACGCCAGAGGAGGCGAGGAGGGCGACGAGGAGGAAGGAGAGGAGGGAGGAAGGAUGCGAGAGAGUGUCGGACGACAGAUGAUGCAGGGCGAGGAAGGCACCGAGUGGCUGCUAGAGCUGCUGACCGACGUCCAGCUGCAGCAGUACUUCCUGCGCCUACGCGACGAGCUCAACAUCACGCGGCUCUCGCACUUCGACUACGUUAAGAACGAAGACCUGGAGAAGAUCGGCAUGGGGCGCCCGGGUCAGAGGAGGCUGUGGGAGGCCGUCAAGAGGAGGCGAGCGCUUUAUAAACGCAAGUCCUGGAUGAGCAAGGUGUUUCCCGUGAAGCGGCCCGACGCCGACCCACAGCAGCCCCUCCCACUGGGCGCGUUGUCCAGCGGCAGCGGGGCCACUCCCACCAGCGACUCUGCGGCCUCGCUCACGUGCCUCAUCCGAGAGUCUGAGCUGCAGUUGUUCGAGCGCUUGGGCGACGGCACGUUCGGGGUGGUGCGCAGGGGCGAGUGGAGCGCCCCCAGCAGCCGAGUGCUGUCAGUGGCGGUGAAGUGUCUCAAGGCCGGCGUGCUGGACUCGGACGGGCUGGACGACUUCAUCAGAGAGGUGAACGCCAUGCACUCGCUAAGCCACCAGAACCUGAUCCGCCUAUAUGGGAUUGUCUUGACGCAGCCCAUGAAGAUGGUGACUGAGCUGGCGCCAUUGGGCUCGCUGUUGGACCGUUUGAGGAAACGUCAGGGUCACAUUCUGAUCUCUGCGCUGUGCAACUACGCCGUGCAGGUGGCAUGUGGCAUGGCCUACCUGGAGCAGCGUCGUUUCCUCCACAGGGACCUGGCGGCCCGCAACGUGCUGCUGUCUACCAACGACUUGGUGAAGAUCGGAGACUUCGGCCUGAUGAGGGCGCUGCCGUCACACGCCGACCAGUACGUCAUGGAGGAGGGCCAUAAAAUCCCGUUCCCAUGGUGUGCUCCGGAAUCUUUGAAAUCCCGCAGCUUCUCGCACGCCUCCGACACCUGGAUGUUCGGGGUGACCCUUUGGGAGAUGUUUAGCCAUGGACAGGAGCCAUGGAUGGGCCUGAAUGGAAGCCAGAUCCUCCACAAAGUGGACGUGGAGGCUGAGCGACUGUGCAAGCCGGAUGACUGUCCUCAGGACAUCUACAACGUCGUACUGCAGUGCUGGAGCCCCAAACCCGAGGACAGACCCACCUUUGUCGCCCUCAGGGACUUUCUGAUGGAGACCAUGCCGACAGACAUGAGAGCUCUCCAGGACUUUGCGGAGGAAGGCAAGCUUGAGAUUCAAAUGAAUGAUGUCAUCGCCAUCAUAGAAGGAAGGGCAGAGCACUACUGGUGGAGAGGCCAGAACAGGCGAACGCUGCGCAUGGGCCAGUUCCCUCGCCACGUGGUGACGGCGGUGGCGGGCCUGUCCGCACACGACAUCAGCCGGCCGCUCAAGCACUCGUUCAUCCACACGGGACACGGGGACACCGACCCGCACCGUAGCUGGGGCCACGCCGACCGCAUAGACAGUCUAUAUUUGGGGAACCCCAUGAAACCCCCAGAUGUUCUCGGAGUGGACCCUUGCAUGUCAAGACCGACCAAGCUCCCCAACCGGGCCAAGAAGCAACCACCUCCUCGCCCUCCUCAGCCCGCAGUGCUGCUGAAGAAGCCUUACUACGAUUCCGUGAUGGAGGAUUAUGACGAUGAGGAAGACGACCCCACCAGCGCUCGGCCCGGCUUAAAGAGGGUCGGCGUGACCCUGGGCCUCAAGCUCCGCCCAUGGGAAGGCUGCGGUGGCGGCGCACGCGCGGACGCUGGCGAAGUGUCGCUCAUCGACUUCGACGACAGCUUCAGCUCGACCACGCCCUCACCGCUCACCGAGACGCAGCAGCCAGAUGAGGACACGCUGAAGGACACGCCCUCCAUCCUGGACUGGCCCCUCCCACAGCCGACCUACGACGAGGUUGCUACGGAACUGCCGGACCAAUCGGAGGACCAGGAGGUGCGAUCCAUCAACAAAGGGACAACGGAAGAGGCCCCGCCCACUCCCUCCGGCGCCGCCAUGUUGGGCAGGAACGAGUCUCAGUCGGCCGACCUCUUCCAGGAGCUCCAGCGAGAGGUGAUGGUGAAGCUGCAGGUUCCCAUGGCGACAGGCCGCUCUCUGCCCUCCUCGCCGCUCCCGCCGCCACUGGCCCCGCUCACGCCUCACCGGCAGAUCUACCUGCCGCCUCCCUCGCCGUCCUCCAGCUUCACGUCGGGCUUCGGGGACCGACCGGUGGUGCCGCCCCGCAGCCCCGCGCCGCCGCUGCGCCCCUCCAAGGGCGCCUCCCACCCGCACCACAGCUCCAUCUCUCUGGAGCUGGAGGACACGCCUCCCCAGAUCCCUCCGCGGGACCGCGCCCUCUCCCAGCCGGGUUCGCGCUCCUCCUCGCCGCUCACUCUGGUGCCGUCCUCCCUCUUCCUUCCACCUCCCCCGCUUUCCGUCUCCCCCCGUCGGGCGUCUGGCCUCCUGGGUCCCCUGCUGUCCUGCUCCCCUCCCAAAGGCCCGCCUCCUGGUUCUUCUUCCUCCUUUUUGGAUCCUCUGGCCUUGCGGGAGCCUCGUGGAGUCUCCUCCGCGAUUGACAGCUCGCAGAGCUCUGCCCCGGCCCCAUUGCCAGAGCGACCAGCUAUACUGGAAAGGUACGGCGCAGCCAAUAUGGCGGCGGUCAAACCAAUGAUACAGCACCCUGCCCGGGCCAAGUCCAACUCCUCUUACAACAACAACAACAACGGACGGACGGCAGCUCCCAGCAUGCAACGGGAGCUGAGCAUCAUACAGGUCCAAGGAGCCGUUCAUGGGGUCACACUGGACGAGUGUCAGGCUGCGCUGCAAAGUCAAAACUGGGGAAUCCAGCAGGCCGUCGACCAUUUGAAGGUGGAGCAGUUGUUUCGUCUGGGCCUGCGGUCCCGGUCCGAGUGCGAGGCGCUGCUGCGGCGCUGCCAGUGGAACCUGGAACAGGCCAGCUCGCUCAUGCUGGACGCGUAUGGACCGCACUGCAACAGCAUAUGAAGUGACGGCAGCAGGAGAUAUCAGCGGUGACUCUUCUGUCCAAGGACCCGGCAUUGAAUGUUCUCCUCUUGUAUGUACUGUGAACACAUGCUCCAAACUGGUGUCGCACAAUUGAACCGCUUACUUGAACUCAGACAUGCGCUGGUUAUUUAUUUUUACUACUUAAAUGUCAUAUUUGAGAUGCACCAACUUACUGCAGCUGUAUAAAAAGAAACCCCACGCGAAUGCGCAACACUUCUUAUGUCGUGUAUCCGCAGGUGGAAAUAAAAGUGGUAUGAAAAGAGAA